AUGACGAGGAUGCAAAAUCAAAGCAAUUUACAGGUAACAUUCUCAAAACGACGCGAUGGAGUCUUUAAAAAGGCAACUGAGCUCUCCACUUUGUGUGGUGCUGAUGUUGUCGUUGUAGUUUUUUCUCCUAGAAAUAAACCAUAUUCAUGUGGACACCCUUCCGUUGAGAAGCUAAACAGAUUGGAGAUUUCACUCGAAAGGGAAAAAAAAUAUGGAGAAGCACUUCAAGCAUCGAGGAAAGAACCUCCAAUUGAAAAACUCAGUUCCUUUGACCUAAAAAAUCUGUGCAAGGCUUUGGAAGCUGCAGAUGAAGAAAUUGAAAGAUUAGUGAGCAUAAAAAAGGAGCGUGGUUUUGAAUUCCCAUAUCAAACCAUUGGAAGUGCCUUUGCUCCUCUAAGAGUUAUAGAACAUUCUUCGUCUGAUUCCGAUGAAGGGUCAUCUGGAUCCAAUGAUUAG